ACAACCACCCCGUAGGUCUUAGGGUUCUAACUUGAAACUGCAGUAAGGCCCACUCAGCCCGUUAUUCUUCAGCCGCCAGCGAUCCAGCUCUAGCGUUUCUUUUUUCCAGCCCCAGAAGCUCGACGCCGGCGGUGCUCCACGGGAGCCACCAGCCCCACCUCCAUCGGAGGCAGCCACCGGCCACGGGAGCAGCACGCCUCCUGCAUCAACUGCUGGCAGCCACCAGCCACCUCCAUCGUUGGCUACUUGGCUCCCUCCUCCUUGGUAGAAGAUGGCCCCAUCCUCGUCCUCCAGCUCCGAUGGACAUGGCCAUGCUGCUCCGCGCCCUGGGACUGGUAGAGUUCAAGUGGCGUUGCCUAACGCAGAUGCUGCUGCUGAAGCUGAUGCAGAGGUUAGUGGUGGUUAUGCUGAAUCUAACGAGCCAAAUUCUACUGGUGCUCCAUCAUGUGGGUCUGGUGUCGUUCCCAAUGAUUCUGAGUCUAUAGUUGCCAAAACAUUAGAGAAGUUGCCACCAGAGCUUGCUGCACUAGCUAAAGAUCCUAAGAGGCAUGCUAAAUCUAAGGACCCUGGGUGGAAGUAUGGGUUCUGGCCAUAUGAAGGGAAGAAGGAUAUGGUUCAAUGCAUAUUUUGCAAAAAGGUGGUUCCUGCAGGAAUCAAGAGAUUCAAGCAACACAUCGCAGGUGGUUAUGCAGUCGUCGAGAGGUGUCCAGCUGCACCUGCAAUGAUCAGGAAAGAAAUGUUUGAUUUUUUGGUGAAAAAUGCAAGAAAAGAACUGAACUUGCAGCAAGGAAGGGAAUGGGAUUCUGAAAGUGGAGGUGGAGUGCAAGAAGUACCUGUUGUGCCAAGUUCAGGGACAAGAGUUAAGGAAAAUAAAAGGAAGGUUCAAGCAUCCAUUGGUUCUUAUAUGGAUCCAGUCAAGCAAGGGUCACAGAAGUACACCAAAAAUGUUGCUUCAAUGUUGUGCAAAUCACCUGAAGAAGUGGUCAGUGAGAGACAUAAUUCAAAGAGUUAUCAACCUUCAAUGGAGCAGUGUACACAGAAAUCUAAGGAAUCAAAGCAAGUAGUUGAUGACCAUGUUGCGGAUUUCUUGUAUGAGAAUGGAAUUCCAUUGAAUGUUGUUAACUCAAGAAGCUGGGAAAUAAUGUUAGAGUCCAUAGGACAAUAUGGUCCUGGGUAUCUGUCACCUUCGUACCAUCAGUUGAGGAAUUCAUUACUUGAGAGGGCAGUAGACAAGACAAAUGAGGUGAGAAAGAAGCAUGAGGAAGCAUGGAAAAAGUAUGGCUGCACUCUCAUGUCAGAUGCAUGGACUGACACACGGCACCGUCAUCUCAUAAACUUUUUUGUCAAGAGUCCAGUGCUUGUUGAAAAUGAAGAAAAUGAGGAAGACGUUGACAUGGAAGAUGAAGAAGAUGAUUUCAAUGAAAUGCAGGACGACGAAGAUGACGAAGAGGAUGAGGAUGGUGGAGGUGGAGCUGCAGGGGCCUUCCGAGUGGAUGAUGCUUUACUUUGAGCAUUUACUCAUUCCAUUUCGUUUCCAGGAAUUCAGACAAUCAUACUUGUUAGUUUAGUUAAUUUCAGUUUCAGAAUUCAGACUCCUUUUUUUUAUCAAUGUUCCAUGCUGUGUAAUGUACUAUCCAAGUGUUCUACUGUUCUGGAGUGGAACAGCCAAGCAGCACUACUGACUGUGUUGGAACUUGCUCUCCGGUGCAAGUUGAUCCAACGGGGGAGUGUAGCAACGUAAACAGGGUUUUUGCUCGA